GCGAGGGAGUGGGCGUCCGGUGGGUAUGCAGGUGGUGGAGGGAGGCCCAGGACGGCUUUGUGGGCACUGCGUGCUUGACUUAACACUCUGCAAUAGCCGUUUAAAAUCACUUAACAGGUUUUGAACCUACAAGGUAGCCGGUGGAGGGGUGAGCGGCUUGCAAAUGGCUAGGCGGAGUUUGAGGGGUCCCAAACACCUCGAGCGUCGGGCUCUUAGCAUCUGGGAACGCCGCUCCUGGGAAAGCCUCAUUUUACGUUCUGCCGGACACCUUCCCACCCUCGGCUCUGCGCGGGAGCCUGCACACUCUUGGGGUCCCCGAGGCCCCUGACUGUCCCCUGCGCGGCCGCAGUAGUCUCUCCCUGGCCGCUCUGACACCUGAGGGCCAAACCGGAGUUUGCACGUGCACUUGAAGCGCCUGGCAUGGGAGUAGGGUGUGCACCAACCCCACCCUUCUGUACCCUCGUCACCCUCGUCCUCUGUCCAUCCCUGAACCCUCCCGUGCUAGCUUUACUGCCCUCGUCCCUCCCUUCCGGAGGCAGCCUGGGCUCCUGCUCUCCUCGCGAGUCGGUCCGCAUCCUGCCCCCCACCCCCAGGGUCUCCGAGUCUAGAGACGCCUUCCUCGUGCACGCGGCUCCUCCUGUCGCUUCCUUACUCGCACAGCGCGAACCAUCCAGGGUCCCGCGCAAGGAGUACGCACAGCCCCCACCGCCCCAUCUACCAUGAAGACCAACGGCUCCGCCUCCCAGGAGGCCAGGAAAAUGGGUGGCGCUGAGGGAGGAAGGUCAUUGCGGGAUCAGCCCUGGCGUGAUUCUGAGCACAUGAGGUUGGGGGUGACUGCACAUAUGAUGGGUGUUGAUGAUGCCAGGGACCAACUUGAGAAUGAGAGCCGAGAUGUGCUGGAAGGACAGCCCAGUUACUGGGCUCGGCAGCGAGGAGUUGAGAGAGGGAGGCAGGCUACAGGGAGGGCAGCCAGACGGAUCACCCUCGAGACUAAUACAACCAGCGAAUCCUUCGUUUUUUCACCGGAAAAUUCUGUGAUGUCUCAGAAUGGAUGCCUUGAGGAUGCAGGCUACCUCAAGUGUGACACGGAUGAUGCCUCUGAAACCCGUGAGGCGAGCCUGGGGGAUGAGGCCUUCGACACGGUCAACUCCUCCAUUGUGUCUGGCGACAGCGUGCGUUUUUUUGUCAACGUCAACCUCGAGGUGCAGCCCAGCCAGUCUGAGAGUGAAUUGCCUCGUGGCUCCGGGCUCCUCCACACCUCUCGCAAGUUCCUGAAAUUAAAGAACUUUGAGGAAGAGAUCCGUGCACACCGGGACCUAGAUGGCUUCCUGGCUCGGGCCAGCAUCAUCCUGAAUGAGACGGCCACCUCCCUGGAUGAUGUGUUGCGGGCCAUGCUGUGCCGCUUGGCCCAUGACCCCCACAAUACCGAGCCUGACUGCAACUUGGAUGUGCUCAUGGCCAUGCUCUUCACUGAUGCCGGGGCCCCCAUGGAGGGUAAAGCAGUUCACCUGCUGUCGGAUACCAUUCAAGGGGUCACUGCCACAGUCACAGGGGUCCAGUACCAGCAGUCGUGGCUCUGCAUUAUCUGUACCUACAAGGCCCUGCUGAAGCGGCACGUGUGCAUCAGCCGCCUGGUUCGCCCGCAGAACUGGGGGGAGAAUUCUUGCGAGGUGCGGUUCGUCAUCCUUGUGCUGGCACCACCCAAGAUGAAAAGCACCAAGACUGCGACGGAGGUGGGACGGACAUUUGCCACCAUGUUCUUAGACAUCACUUUCCGCCAGAAGCUCCUGAAGACCCACACGGAGGAGGAAUUCAAGGAGGCCCUGGUACAUCAGAGACAGCUGCUCACUGUAACGAGGCAGUGUUCGAGCAUCAGCACAGAGAGCACCAUCUACACCCACAGAUCCUCACAGCCCCCGCAGCACACAGACUUUCUCCCUGUGGGGAAGGGCAUCCGUGAGGACAUCGCCCGCAGGUUGUCCGUAUACCCGCUGGACUUCACUGACGGCAUUAUCGGGAAAAACAAGGCUGUGGGCAAAUACAUCACCACCACCCUGUUCCUCUACUUUGCCUGCCUCCUGCCCACGAUCGCUUUUGGGUCCCUCAACGAUGAGAACACGAACGGGGCCAUUGAUGUGCAGAAGACCAUGGCUGGGCAGAGCAUUGGAGGCCUCUUGUAUGCACUUUUCUCCGGGCAGCCGUUGGUGGUGCUUCUCACAACCGCGCCUCUGGCCCUCUACAUCCAUGUGAUCCGCGGCAUCUGUGACGACUAUAACCUGGACUUCAAUACCUUCUAUGCAUGGACAGGCCUGUGGAACAGUUUCUUCCUCACGCUUUAUGCCAUCUUCAACCUCAGCCUGGUUAUGAGUCUCUUCAAGAGGUCAACGGAGGAGAUCAUUGCCUUGUUCAUUUCCAUCACGUUCGUGCUGGAUGCUGUCAAGGGCAUGGUCAAAAUCUUCCAGAAGUACUACUAUGGCCACCACCUCAGGAACGAGUAUAAAGAUAGCGCUGCCCCAGCGAACCUCCUGGGCCUCAGCACCAGCCUCAACACCAGCCUCCACACUGCCCUCAACACCAGCCUCCUGGCUGGCCCACCAGAGCUGACUGCAGUAGGCAACCAUGCCCCCGAGCCCCCGGCCCGAGACACCGCCGUGCUCAGCCUCCUCCUCAUGCUGGGCACACUCUGGCUGAGCUACACUCUCUACCAGUUCAAGAAGAGCCCCUACCUGCACCCCCGUGUGCGUGAGAUCCUGUCCGACUGUGCCCUCCCCAUCUCAGUUCUCACCUUCUCCCUGAUUGGUUCCUACGGCUUCAAGGAGAUUAAGAUGAGCAAGUUUCGCUACAACCCGAGCGAGGACCUGUUUGGGAUGGCAGAGAUGCGCUCGCUGUCCCUGACGGCCAUCAGCAGCGCCAUGGGCCUUGGCUUCCUCCUCUCCAUGCUCUUCUUCAUCGAGCAGAACCUGGUGGCUGCCUUGGCUAACGCCCCAGAAAACAGGCUGGUGAAGGGCACCGCCUACCACUGGGACCUCCUGCUCAUCGCCAUCAUCAACAGCGGGCUGUCUCUGUUCGGGCUGCCCUGGAUCCAUGCUGCCUACCCCCACUCCCCACUGCACGUGCGGGCGCUGGCUUUGGUGGAGGAGCGUGUGGAGCACGGGCACAUUCAUGAUACGAUCGUGAACGUGAAGGAGACGCGGCUGACCACCCUGGGCGCCAGCAUCCUGGUGGGCUUCUCCCUCCUGCUGCUGCCCUUCCCACUGCAGUGGAUCCCCAAGCCUGUGCUCUACGGCCUCUUCCUCUACAUCGCCGUCACCUCCAUCGACGGCAACCAGCUAUUUACGCGCAUGGCCCUGCUGCUCAAGGACCAGACCUCAUACCCACCCACCCACUACAUCCGGAGGGUGCCGCAGAGGAAGAUCCACUACUUCACUGGCCUGCAGGUCCUGCAACUGCUGCUGCUCUGUGCCUUUGGCAUGAGCCCCCUGCCCUACAUGAAGAUGAUCUUUCCCCUCAUCAUGAUUGCCAUGAUCCCCAUCCGCUACAACCUGCUGCCCCGAAUCAUUGAAGCCAAGUACUUGGACGCCAUGGAUGCUGAGCACUGAGGCCCUGGCCACACCCCACUCGUCCAUCCCUCUGGCUCUUCCCAGGCUGGCUCUGUGGCUAUGUGUGGGGAAAUGUGGGUAUCUUCUGGGGUGCUGCUCUGGGCUGCACCCCAUCACAGCUGCCCCAACCAGCCUAGGGCAUCUGGGCAUCAGGGAGGCUCUGUGGUGUGUGUCUGCUCCCCUCCCACUAGCCUUUUGCUUUGGGUCCAGAAUACUGCUCAGGGCAGCUUCUGCCCAGGGUGGGACUAAGCAGGACGGAUUUUCUUUUGAUAAAAGAGUCAGAUGCCUGAAAGAGAAACCAUUUCCUUGAUUGUGUAAGGAAAUUGCUGUGUGCGCAUUAGAGAAUAAAGCUCCUGUUUCUAUGCUUCUA